AUGGGAGACAUCAAUGUAAACAACCUAGUUGAUGACAAUGAAAACGAAAAAAUUGAAGAACUCCUAACCUCCUUCAAUAUCUCAAGACUGAGGCUACCUCCCACUCGAAUUACAAGUGACUCAGAAACAUCAAUAGACUGGAUAUGCUCAAACAUUGAUAAUCAACAAAUAGAAACCUCAGUUAUAACAUCAGGACUAUCUGACCAUACCGCACAAAUCGCAAAAAUCAUCACUAGAAAACCGAUCAUCAACAACAUCAAAGAAAAUAAACGAAUCUUCAACAGAACAACAAUAGAUAACUUUAAGACACAACUACAAGAACAAUACUGGGAAACUAUAAUACAAACUCAUGACGUAGAUGAAGCCUACAACAAUUUCAGCAACAUCAUCCAGACAACACUAAACCACGCCUGCCCUCUUAAAACAUCAAGAGUUAAACAACAUAAAAGGAGACAGUGUUGGAAUCAAGAAUCGGCUAGACUUAAAAAUGAAUAUAUAAAGGCCUUAGAAAAGGAGCAAACAACGGGACUUAUGGAAGACAAAGCCAGAACAACUAUUAAAAAAAAGGAGUACGACCAGCAUUUGAAAAUGCUUCGGAAAGAAAACAACACAGCUCACAUAAACCAGGCUGAAAACAAGUCUAAAGCACUGUGGCAAACAAUAAACCGAGAAAGGGAAGCGAGAUCAAAUACUGAAAACCAAAUCCAUCUUCAAGUCAACAAUAAAACAAUAGACGACCCAAUAGAAGUUUCAAACUGUUUUAAUGAUUUUUUCUCAUCAAUAGCCGACCGAACACUCCAAAAUAACAAUAACUCUAGAACCAAUGCCUUAACAGACCACUUACCAGCAACACAUCACACACUCCAGUUCAGACGGGUCACACAAGAAGAAGUGCAAAAGGCCAUUCAAUCUCUAAAGAUGAAAAAUUCAUCCGGAACUGAUGAGGUAUCAGCUAAACUUCUAAAAAACUGUAAAAAUGAAAUAGUAAUAUCCCUGACAGACCUCAUAAAUAAAUCACUCUCACAAGGAAAAUUCCCAGAUAAAUUAAAAAUAGCUAAAGUCUACCCAAAAUACAAAAAUGGACCAACGAUGGAAAGAAACAGCUACAGGCCAAUCUCCCUAAUAUCAACGUUUUCAAAAAUAAUCGAAAAGAUAGUACUAGCCCAACUCCUACACCAUCUUCAAGAACACAACCUUCUCAAUAGUCAACAGCAUGGAUUUAUCAAAGGCAGAUCGACAGCCACAGCCUUAAUACAACUGACAGAGCACAUACUAAACCAACUAGAAGAAGGCAGCACUUCAACAAGCCUCUUUCUAGAUUUUAGUAAAGCUUUCGACUGCCUAAACCACGAACUUCUUCUACUCAAGCUGGAAACACUAGGUGUGAGAGGACGAGCAGCAGAAUGGUUUAAAAGCUACAAGUAG